AUGUCCUACCGAAGUUCUAGUUUGCCUAAUAAUGUUUUUGAAUUUGAAAAUGAUGAAUUUUUUGAAUUUGGGAGAUCUUUUUCUGGCGAAAAACUGGCUAUUCUUCUUCAGUUUCAAGAAAUUACUGAUGCACAAUGUUUUCUCGAUUGUGAAGAUCCUUUUGAAAUUUUAUCGUUCGACUCAGAUGAUUUACUUGAUUUAAAAAAGAAAUUAUGUGUUAAAUUGAAUAAUAAUUCGUUUGCUAUUUUAUCUGGAAUCAAGAGCAAAAUGAAACUGUUAAAAAAUGCAUUAAUAAAAAAACGAAAUCAACUUAGAAAAGAACCAUCGAAAACAUCUACAGAUAGCGUUGCAAUAAAUAAUACACCAUCAAUUAUUUUGACAGCUGAAAAUCUUACUUGUUCUUCAAACUCGUCGACUCAGUCGCAAAUAAAUAUCUCUUCGUCUUCAGCUGUUACUUUAACAAUCAAUGAUGAACAAAAACAGCAUAUAAUCCAUUUACUCGAUGAAUGGUGUGAGAAAAUAAAAGAAGAUAACAACGAGCAACAUAUUAAACUUAAAGAAGGUGUUGACUAUGAACUCAUUGUCAAUUAUAUGCCAAAUAAGACACUGAUCAAAUGUCGAUGCGGUACAAAUACAACUUUAGGAAAAAAAAAUAAUAGUUAUAUCUUGUCGAAUUACAUUCGUCAUUUAACAAAACUCAAUCCAUAUGUUAUGAUUCAACAAAAAGUGAAAGAUGCUAGUGACAAUAUUGUUCAAAAUCUUCUAUCUAUUAACGACAAUACAAACACGUCUGAUAAUCAAAUAAUCAGUGCUGUAUCAGAUUCGACUCCAUCUAGUCAAACAAUAUCUUGA